AUGGUCCAGGAGACACCAGCUCGCAAGGAUCCCUGCGUGUCAAUCGAUGAACAGCCGAAACAGCGAGGGUUGAGGUUCAGGUACAAGUGUGAGGGCAGGUCAGCAGGGAGCAUUCCGGGAGAACACAGCACCAGCGAUCGGAAAACUUAUCCUUCUAUCAAGAUCCACAACUUCGAGGGACCUGCAGCAAUUGUAGUUGUAUCGUGUGUGACGAAGGACAAACCCUACUACCCACACCCCCACAACCUGGUCGGUCAGGAUUGCAAGGAUGGCGUCUGCACUGUUAAAGUGAAGAAUCCAAGUUCCGUUAUAACCUUUCCCAAUAUUGGCAUCCAAUGCUGUAAGAGGCACGAUGUUGAGGACAACUUGAAAAUCAGGGAGAAGAUCCGAGUGGACCCCUACUCGACUGGCUACCCCAGUGCAAACAACAACAUCGACUUAAACUCCGUUCGCCUCUGUUUCCAGGUCUUCCUCCCAGACGCCAACAAGAAGUUCACCCACAUCGUACCCCCUAUUGUAUCACAGCCUAUCAUUGAUAAGAAAUCGGUGCACGACCUUGUUAUCUGCCGCCUGAGUCGUCAGUCUGGUUACGCCGUUGGGGGCGAUGAGGUCUUCCUACUCUGCGAAAAGAUAAACAAAGACGACAUCCAGGUACGUUUCUUUGAGGAGACUGAUGACAGAGAGGUGUGGGAGGGGAAUGGAGAUUUCGCUCCUAAUGAUGUUCACAGACAGUACGCCAUUGUAUUCAAAACUCCUCCCUACCGGAACCCGGAUAUUCAGGAACCUGUCACUGUCUUCGUACAGCUGAGGCGGCCCUCAGAUGACGAGGUUGGUGAUCCCAAGCCUUUCCAGUACAUUCCUCAGGAUCCGGAUCCUUACGGUUUAAAUAUGAAGAGGAAGAAGAAAGAAUUGAACAUUAGCGACCCCUGCCAGAACCAGAUACCCAGGAUGGUCAUGGAUGAGAGUAGUCCAGGUGCGUCUGCGUGUCGCAUGAACAUCCGAAACAAGCUGAAGAAGAAGGCAGAGGAAGGAUUGCAGAGGAGAGACAGUACGUCUAUGUUGCUGAUGCUGCUGAUACUAAUGUUGCAGAUAUUAUGUUGCUGA